AUGACGAUCCACUCGACAUACUACUCGCGCCACUCACCGCUCGGCAACGCCCAUCCUUUCCACAAGCUCCCGCAGGAGAUCUUCGUCCACAUCUUACUCUACGUCACCCGUCCCUUGGAUUACGGUGGCCUCAAGUGGUCGCGUUAUGGCCGGUGGGAAACUUCCAUGUGGCUCCCUCUCCACGCCAUCUGCCACCACUGGAACAACACCCUCAUCUCCAAGAAGAGUUUAUGGAACAAGAUCGUUGUCUGUGGACCUAAUGCACGCCAGUGGCUGUCAUUCAGCCUCGAACACUCUGCGGGCGUUCCCUUCGAGGUUGCUUUCAACUGGUCCAGUCGAAACCUGAAGGACCUCGACUGCUUGCUCAAGGAUAUCCUCCCGCACGCGAUGUUCCUCCGCUCCAUCACCGUCACACUCUACUACCGUUCAUAUUUCGACCCUCUAGAGUCGUUCUUACGCUCUGUCAAGCUUCCCCGGCUGACCACGCUCGACAUAUCCGAUAUCGAAGGAUACGUGCUAGAUACCCCGUUAUCACUCAGCGCGACCCAUGUUCACCUGUGGUCACCACGGCUGUAUUACAAUGCCCCAGGUACAUGGGAAUAA